CACAUCAGCUAUCAAACAUUAGACAGAGAGUCACAGGAAGCACAAUGGAUGUGGAGGAAAUGAUCUACACGUUUUUUGAGGUGCUUAUUGCUGUUAGCUGCUGUCUUGGUAAUAUGUUGGUGAUUUUGGCGCUGUGGACCAGUAAAAGCAUUCAGGAGCCCACCUUCAGUCUUAUCGUCAGUCUGGCUGUGGCUGACUUUCUGGUCGGCUGCGUUGCCAUACCGAUGGCUGUGGUGGUGGACGGACGAGUGCCCACUUCAUUUCAUGGCUGUGUCUUCAUCAGCUGUGUGGUCGUCCUGUUGACUCUGGUCUCAGUUUUGUCCCUCACGGCUAUUUCUGUGGACCGCUUCCUCCGGGUGCAUAUCCCUCUCUGGUACAAAAGGACUGUGAUGCAGAGACAUUCUUGCCUUGUGGUCGCAGCAUGUUGGCUUGUUGCAAUACCACUGAGUUUUGCUCCCAUGCUUGGAUGGUACAACCAUGACACCCUGUCUAAGUCAGUAAACUCCACCAUUAUCUGUGAGUUUAUUGCUGUCAUCCCCAUGUCAUACCUGGUUUACUUCAACUUUAUUCUCUGCAACCUGAUACCUCUGUUGGUGAUGACCGCUCUUUACGGCUACAUCUUUUGCACCAUCCGAGGAAAACUUCGAGAUAAACCAGGCAACGGGGCCCAGAAACAGUGUCAGAAGUACCUGAAGAAAGAGAAACAGCUGGCAGGAUCUCUGUCCCUGGUCUUGGCUCUGUUUGCCUUGUCCUGGCUCCCUAUCCACAUUAUAAACUGCAUUACUUACUUCCGUGGGAAUAACAAUAUACCAGUUGUAUAUAUCCAUGUUGGCAUCCUGCUUUCUCAUGCUAACUCGGCUGUAAACCCAGUUGUGUAUGCGUUCAAAAUAGAAAAGAUCAAGACAGCGUACCUAAAGCUCUGGAGACAGUACAUCUCAUGUGGAGAAAUAAAUCAAGGAUCUCAGACAAGCCAGACAACAGACAAUACUCCCAGUAGUAACAGUGAUGCCAAUAAUGAGUGAAGGAAAAUGUCCUUGUUUGUCUUCGCUUCUUUUGUUAGUAUUUGGGAUAAUGGCAUAAGAUGAUAGCACAAGAUGUAUUGAUACGGUAAACACAUCUAGCCUCAGAAAGAUAUGUUAUGUUCAGGAUUGUGUGUGAGUGGGAGUGUAGCAAAAACAGUCUUGCAGAGAAGAAGGGCAACUUCCACUUGUCUAAGAGCUUUAUUUUAGUUUCACAUCAGUGUUAUUUUUCUGUUUCCAUCAAGUUUCAGUUCUUCAUGUGUAUUUCAACCUAUUUCAACAGAAAGCGCUGUUUGAUGGUAAAAACCUUCACAAUCUUCGAAAGAGAAUCUUUAAAAACCAGGUCUGUUUCCAGAAAUCUCAAGCACAAUUAUCAUUGUUAUCUAUACUUUAGAAACAUUCUUGUACUGCUUGUAAACUUAAUAAUAAAAUGAUGGCACUUUUCCACUGCAGCACGUAGCACGGUUUAAGCUUUUUUUUGCUUUUCCACUAGCGGUAGGGCUCAGGGCUACUUUUUCACCUUUUUUUCUGGCCCUCCAAAAUCGAGGUUCUUACCGGGCCA